CUCCCCGAUCCUUCCCGCACCCGCCCGCUUUUGCGGGAGCAGCAGCCGAACGGAGAGGAGCGGACGGGCGGCCGAGCCCAGCCGGCUGGAGGGGCAGCGGAGAUGAACAGCUCCGAGGAGGACGCAGGUGCCAGCCCCGUGCCCAGCCCGGGCUUCUCAGCCUUCGACGAGCCACCCCAGAAAAGACAGAGAACUGUAGAAGACUUCAAUCAAUUCUGCACUUUUGUGCUAGCCUACGCAGGUUACAUUCCCUACCCAAAGGAGAAUGAGCCAUGGACAUGCCGAGGCAACAGGAGCCCUCAGAACAGCACUGGAAGCACCCAAGACAGUGACAGUUGGGGAUCGGCUCAGUCCUGUGAUUCCCAAGUGCUUUCAGACGAUGGAGGAGGCAGGAGCGGAGCCUACAAGGGGACAGGAGAGCUGCUGAACUGCCCCAACGUAGCCAGUAGCUUUUGCGCUGGUCGGCACCAGCAAACCAAGAAGAGGAAACAGUCACAGUCGUCAAAGAAACUCAGCGCGAACCAGGCAACGGACAAGGGCUUGAUGCCCCCGAAGGACCAUGCACAGAGAACGCCCGAGGCUUUCACGGAAGUGAAGGAGCUGCAAUCCUGUCUCCAAGAGGUCCCAUCCAGACCUCUUUUGGAGCAAACGGAGAAAGACUGUAUCCCUGGACUUUACACCGAAGAGAAGACUGAGGAACAGGGGACGUGCAAAGAGGAAAGAACCACCUCUGCCUCUUGGGGCGCGGUGGAGCAAAGCACAGAAGAACCGGCAGGAGACGUCCCUCAACUUAGCGAUAUGCCCGAAGAGUUCCCUGCAGCCUCAGACGCCAAAACAGAUGAAGACGACGCUUGGGACCUCAUCACUUGCUUCUGCCUAAAGCCCUUCGCCGGGCGACCCAUGAUCGAAUGCAACGAGUGCACGACUUGGAUACACCUCUCCUGCGCCAAGAUCCGCAAGUCCAACGUGCCCGAGGUCUUCAUCUGCCAACGCUGCCGCGACGCCAAGCAAGAGAUCCGCCGGUCCAACAGAGCCCGUACCGUCCCCCGCAAGCGCUUCUGUGACUGACGGUAGCCGGGAGGGGCGAAGGGCCACCGCCCUCCAAAGCUUCAGUUGGAUUUUGUUUUUGCUGCCAAGACAAUCAAAAUGCAGGAACUGCCCUAGGGAAGGAGGAGAGACCGGAGGCAGCCCUGGAAAUUUCCAAGACUUUUUGACCCGCGUGUCUUAUUCCAAAUGUUAAAAUUGGGGCAGAGGAAGAGACUGGGGUGCUAUUGAGAUCUCAGGGUUAUGCUAGAGCAGCAAAUGCACAAAUGCCUGGCAGACACGAGACUGUGGGUUUUUUUUGGGGGGGGGGAAUUUAUCUGCAGGCAAUGCACUAAGUUAGCCAGUAGCCUCUCUGCCCUUGUGCAGAGGUGCCUUUUCUCAGCAGCCUAAAGGGAGUCGUGGGCCCAAGCAAGACUUCUCUGUGGUACGCUAGCUGCUCGGGCUUUAAAUGGAUCGGAUUAUGCACCCCCGUUUUUGUGGUUUGUUCUUUGCCCCUUGGAACGGUGAGUCGGGGGAAGCUCCUCGAUCUCUUUCCCAAAAGCACACUUCAAAGGGGCCCAGUCCCCUUCCCCCUUGGGCACACAUACACACACAGCUUAGAGAGGGCUCUUUUGCAGCCCAUUUAGAGAGCUCCGUUCUGUCCCCAGGACAGCUGGCACCCCACUUCGGAGCUCCCCACCCUUUCAGCAUUCGAGCGAGAUGCCAUGCUAUAUAGCCAGGCUGGUCGCCAUUGGGCCAGGAAAGGGAGUGAUAACACUCCCCAACUGUACAUACUUGGUAUGCAGAGGCUUAGAAAAUAUUUAGCUCUAUCUACUCCACUCACUGGCCUAGCCUAGACUUCCGGUUGCACUACUGUCUCAUUUGAAGGGAAGGUGGGACUUGGGGAGAGGAGGGGGAACUGAGAACACGAAUAGCUGUAGAGCCUUUUUAGGAGCUAAAAGGGGGAGGAGACCUUUUCCCCCCCCCCAAGGUAGAUGGAUGGGGAGGCUCCUGGCAGAAGCAGAUUGGGUCCUGCUUGUCUCCAGGCUGCUCUUGGGAGAGCAAUCUGGGGAUUUCUUUAAAAAAAAAAAAAAGAUCUGUGUACUAUGCAAAUUAUUGGUUGUUGCUGGAGAAAUUGUGCCAGCCAGCAAGCAAAUGCUUGUUUGGAGGUGAUUUGCCACUCUCCCCCCCCUGCUCCGCCGAGACUCUUCUGGUUUGACCCACGUGCCUUCUUUCAUCUCAUCCUUCAGCCGUGCUUCGAUCUGAAAAGUUUGGUCCCGAUAGCACACACACAACAUUGCAGUCAUUUUAGAGUGGGUUUGGAACAGGCUACGCACUGCUUGAGAGCAAAAAAAAUCCAGGCCUAACUUGUGAUCCCACCGGUACCUCUGCUCCCCUUGAGUGUUUACAUUUUUACGGUUAGUCUGUAUAAAAAUGUAAGGUAGCACAGUACAAUGCUGUAUACUGGGUAUAUACCGAGUGAUACGUAUAGAUUAAAAUACUUUU